UGGUAGUUUUGAAUUUCUUUCUCUUUUCAUCUGAACCUACUAUCCUGUUUCUCUCUCCAACAAAACUGCCACCUCCAUGUAGAGAGAGAUAGAUGAAGUUGAAGGUAUAAAGAGAAGGAAAUAUGGAGACAAAAGGCGGGAAGAUGAUGAUGAGUUAUAAAGGGUGUGGGUAUGAAUAUUCUUUCAAGAUUCUGUUGAUAGGAGAUUCUGGUGUGGGCAAGAGUAGUCUGCUUCUCAGCUUCAUUUCUCAUCACUGUCCUCUCCAAAAUCCCUCCCCCACCAUUGGUGUGGACUUCAAGAUCCGGGUGCUAACCAUUGGUGGGAAAAGAUUGAAGUUGACAAUUUGGGAUACAGGUGGACAGGAGAGGUUUGGGACAUUGAUAAGCUCUUAUUAUAGAGGGGCACAUGGAAUUAUACUUGUUUAUGAUGUCACGAGGCGGGACACCUUUACAAACUUAUCGAAAAUCUGGGGGAAGGAGAUAGAGCGUUACUCGACAAAUCCAGAGUGCAUCAAGAUGCUAGUUGGAAACAAAGUUGACAGGGAUAACGAAAGGGCUGUGAGUAGAGAGGAAGGAAUGGCGUUUGCACAGAAACACAAAUGUCUGUUUCUUGAAUGUAGUGCUAAGACCAGAGAAAAUGUGCCCCAGUGUUUUCGAGAUCUUACUCUCAAGAUACUAGAGGUGCCAAGCCUGGUAGAGAAAGGAUCCAAUGUUGUGAAGAACCAAAUUUUGAAACAAAAGGAAAUCGAUGAACACAAAAGCAAAUGUUGCACGUGAUUCGACUUUAAUGUGUAAUGCAGACUACUACUGUUUAGAAGUGUGGAUCUGUUGUUGAGAGGAAAGCAAAAUGAUCCUCCAUUUUUGCUGGGGAAGAAGAUACAUCUAAAGAAGACAAGCUAGCUUUUGAGCUUGGAUAGAUCUUCUGAAACAUCAUGGGAACUGAGAUCAUGUCAGGGAACAGAGAUCAUAUUUGUGUACAUUUUUUAUUGUUCGAUUUCUUUAAUGUUCAGAACACAUAAAAUAGACGACUACAGCUUAUAUCAUCAGGAGUUAUACAAUACUGGUUUGAAUGAAAACAGUUUUCUUGGCAGAAUAUUUUGUGCCAAUUCAAGUAGAAAUGAAACAGAUAGGCAUAGCAAUAUGCAUUCUUCA